UCAAAACAGUAUGAAUUCUCUCUCAUCCUUCACUGUGAAUGCGUAGUACACUCUGUACCUUUCCUAUGGCGGGAACACUCCAAACCCUAAUUCUCACUCCUCCAUCCCCCCAAACGCUGUCGUUCCGUCUCGGGACCCCACGUUUUCCGCCAAAUCACGGUUUCUUCCACAGCACCUCCAUCACUUUCAAUCACAAUCGGUCAAUUUACAGACCCAUCAGAGCCUUGGAGCGGUCCGAUGAGAGAGAUGGAAAUGGAGAUAAACUUAAUCGGGUUUCGGGUUCAGCGAGUGGGUUAAAGUGGGCAAAACCGUUGUUGAAUUUUGUGGCGAAUAACUUCCUUCCAGUAGCUCUUGUCAGUGGAGUAGCAUUAGGACUUGCAUAUCCUAGUCUUGGUUGUCUUGCAGAUAGAUAUUCUCUCUCAAAAUUUAGCACAUUUGGGAUAUUUAUUAUAUCAGGGUUGACGUUGCGUAGUGGAGACAUUGGUGCAGCUGCAGAAGCAUGGCCCGUAGGAGUUUUUGGGCUUGUGUCCAUUCUGAUGAUCUCUCCAUACUUUUCAAGAGCAAUACUGCAAAUGCAGAUGCAACCCCAAGAAUUUGUUACAGGACUGGCUAUAUUUAGCUGUAUGCCAACUACAUUAUCAAGUGGAGUGGCACUUACUCAGCUUGCUGGAGGGAAUUCCGCCCUUGCUCUUGCCAUGACAGUGAUAUCUAAUAUGUUAGGAAUUUUAAUGGUCCCAUUUUCUAUUUCAAAAUUCAUUGCUGAUGGAGUUGGUGUAUCUGUUCCAACUAAGCAGCUGUUUAGGAGUCUUGUUCUCACACUUCUAGUCCCACUAAUCUUGGGGAAGGUCUUUCGAGAAUCUUUUAAAGGUCUGGCAGACUUUGUUGAUCAAAACCGCAAACUCUUUUCGAAGUUCAGUGCACUCUUUCUUAGUCUAGUACCAUGGAUACAAGUGAGUAGGUCGAGGUCACUGCUAUUGAUGGUUAAGCCUACGGUUUUUCUCAUAGCUAUUGGAAUGGGGGCACUUCUGCAUGUUAUCUUGUUGGCAUUUAAUGCCCUUGCUAUACAGAGCCUCUCAGCUGUCACUGCUGGUAGCAAAUCCAUUUUUUCCAAGAAAGAAAAUGCCAGUGCUCUUGUACUUGUUGCCAGCCAGAAAACUCUGCCUGUGAUGGUGGCUGUUGUGGAGCAGCUCGGUGGUGCGUUUGGUGAAUCUGGUUUGCUAGUUCUUCCUUGUGUUGCAGCGCAUUUAAACCAGAUUAUUCUGGAUUCUCUUCUCGUUAACUUCUGGCUUCGGAAAGAUACAGUAUCCUACAAUGCCAAGGUCAACUAAGUAAUGGAAUAAGCCCUUUUUUAUGCUGUGUUAUUCUUAGCUGAUCACAAUAUGCUUGUAUUUUGGUAUGGUGCAAGUACAUUGCAUUCAUUUGGUUGAUUCUUCAAUAGGGAUUGAAACGAGCAGCUUAAUGGGAGUUUUACCUGUCUAUUUUUAUUUACAUGUUAUUGUUCAUCUGCAUCAUCAAAUGUACCAUUUGUAUUAUUAGUUCAAA